GGGUGGGGCUGUGUGAGCUGGGCAGAGGGGUGCAGCAAGCUGGGGUGCACCCUUGGGGUGUGCUCAGAAAUAGGGGGGCAGAAGUGGAUCCCCAACCUUGCCAAAGACAGCAGACUGGGGGGCUGGGGUCUUCAGAGGUGAAGGUGUGGUCCCUGCCCCCAACCAUGUGGGUCAGGUUUUUGGGGAGAUGCCCAACCCUGCCUUGUGCCCAGCACACACAUGCACACAUGCGCCCCAACACCUCUUGGUUGAUAUGGAAACGAGUCAAAUUAUUUAGAGGAGAAAGAAGGAAAGAAAAAAAAAAAAGGAAAAAAACCCUGGUGUUAAGGCCUGUCGUUAUGGAAACGACAAAUUAUAAAAGUAACUAGGCUGGGGACGUGGCACCUUGCUUUGGGGUGCCGGGUGUUGUGCGGGUUCCAUCAGCUGGGGGAAGGGUGGGCAAGAGGGCACCCAGGGGCAGGAGGGUACUGUAGACAGGAGAGCAUCUAGGGGUAGGAUGGUACCAUGGCCAAGAGGGCCCAGUAGGUAGAAGGACAUUUGGGGGCAGGAGGGCACUGUGGGCAGGAGGGCAUCCAGGGACAGCAGGGGGGAUGCUUGUGAUGCAGUGCAGGUGAGCUGGGGGCAUGGCAGCCCGACCACCACAGGCAGAGGGGAACGUGGCUUGUACUGGGGGUCCCAGCCCUGUUUCAGGGCUGUUCCCCUUCCCAGGUGAGUGGGAACGCUGGUACUGCCUUGGCACAGAGCAGGGUUUGGCAGCGGGGCAGGAGCAUGUUCCUGGGGAUGGGCAUUCUGCAGCACCACGCUCUGGGUGGCAGAGGGGAACUGUUGGUCACAUGCUGGUAAUUGGAGCACCUCAACUUGAUGGAGAUGGGGCCAGGGACCAGGCAGCGCAGGAUAAGCCCUAAAUCCCCAGGGAUGAGACUCUGGCCAUCCAUAUCCCUGUGUAAAGCUCACAGAGACUCACUCUGUGCCUGGCCGGGGUGGGGAUGUCCUCAGAGGCAGCGUGCCAGUGGUGGCACUCCUUUGGCUCUGUGCUGGGUAGCAAACCCACAUCCGCUCAGAGUGGCAGUGCCGGGGCUGCAGCGUUCCCAUGGCAAAGCCUGGUUGCUGGAGCAGCGCUCAGCUCCCCACUGGGCCAGCUCACCAGCAAGCCCAGAUCCUUCUCCCAGAAACUUUUCCACCCAUAAGGGUGUUUCAGAGGGUCUGGGCAGUCCCAUGGAGCUUUCCUUCCGUGGAGAGGUUGGGGGGUGUCCACACGGGGACAGGGCACGUGAGCCCCAAGCUCCCUGAGCCCAGGGCGAUGGAAGAGAUAGGUCCCCUUGAUCCCCCCUUUCAGUUGCAACUUCUGCUCCUCUGCAGCUGGGAUGUUGCUCCACCAGAGUAUGCAGCAUUUCCUGUGCCCGGGUGCGGCUGGGCACGGGUGGCAGGACUGGCUUCCUUCCCCAAUUUUACCCAGCUCCCUUCUUGGCAGCCCAACAGGGCAGUGUCCAGCCCCCAAAGUGGUAGCAGUGAUGGGGGUUGGUCCCAGCGGGUAGCAGCCUGCCAGGGUGGGACACAGCCACAUCCCAGUCCCUGUGUUCCUGCAGAGCCACUUCUAACCUGGACCUUGAGAGCAAGAAAGCCGCCCCUGCCAAGCUGCCAUGGCAGCAGCCCGUGAACGUCUUCCUGGCAGCCGGGCGCCCACCGGGCAUGGAGCAGCUGCACCAGGAGGCCCAGCUCAACCUCCAGAGCUUGCUGCAAGAGGAGUAUGAGGAGCAGUACACCGAGAGCAGGGUCACUGGGCAGACCUUCCGCACCGCUGGGCACCCCGACACCCCCCCUGAACCGUCACCUCGACCCCCACCUGCCAAGCGUCUUGAGUUCGUGCUUAUGCCCCCGAGCCGUCGAACUGCUGAAGAGGAGAGCACCAGCAGCACCCCCCUCAGCGCUCGCCCCCCUGACACCUCCCUGAGCCUCCCCACCAGCCCGGACAAGCAGCCCCCCUGGCCCAGGGCCUUCCCCCUGCCCCCCGUGGAGGAGAAGCAGUGGCACCAGCCUGGCUCCAUCCAGACCAACAUAGUCCCCAUUAAUGUCUCGGGGCAGCACUUUGCUAGGCUCGCGAGUGCUCGUCACUCCCUGUUUAACACAGAGACCGCGAUGAACCCAAAGUCCACCCUGCGGCGUAGACGGACCAUUAUUGGAUUCCCUAACCUGUCCCUGCGAGACCAAGGCAGUGCCAACGGCCCCACAUCCAGCAAACACGCGCCCAUCGCCGAGUCCCUCUCCUGCAGCUUUGUGCCUGAAGCCACAAGCGGGGGGACGGCACCCCAGGAGAUCGGCCCCCGCCAGCCCCUCUCGGCCCCACUGAGGAAGACCUUCAGUGACCUCGGGGCCCGCUGCUGCCAGCCACCUGCUGCCAUGGAUGGGGCGGCCACCCCCUGUGCCAGCACCUGCAAUGGGACGCAGGGCACCCCUUUCUCCCCACCCUGGAGCGCCCUGGGCUAUGGGAGCCCCCCCAGCCCCACCGCUGGCCUGGGAAAGGUGCCCACCUGCACCUCACCAGGUGGCUCCAUCCCAUCGCCUGGCCCAGGCUCACCCGCUGCUGCCACCCCCUCCUUCUUCAUCGCCACGGAAGAACACAUGGGCAGCAACGGGCCCAGCUUCUUCUCUGGCCCAGUGCCUGCAUCCCCCCUCACCCCUGGGUGCGUCCAAGAAGCCAAGGGGAACUUCUUGCCGGGAAGCCGAGAGGAGCUGGCGCCGGCGGCAGGGCCGAUGCGGCUGGAGGUGGAGCGGGCAGGGUGCCGGUUCCGCGAGCGGUCACUGUCAGUGCCCACGGACUCGGGGUCCCUCUGCUCCAUGGACAUCGCGUACGCUGAGACCCGGCGGGGCAGCGCCAACUACGCCCUGGGCUACCCCAGCGCCAGCUCCGAGGGCAGCACCAGCACUGACAACAUCUCACUGGGGCUGGAGCCCGAGGGCCAGCGGCGGCGGCGCUCCAAGAGCAUCUCCCUGAAGAAGGCCAAGAAGAAGCCCUCGCCGCCCACGCGCAGCGUCUCCCUGAUCAAAGAGGGGCAGGACGAUGACACGGGGCUUGCUGCGGCACUGCCCAAGGAUCAGCGGCCCAAGAGCCUGUGCAUCCCACCAGAGCUCCAGGGCCACCGUUUGGUGCAUGCUGACCCUCAGGGGAGUGCAGGGAGGGAGCCUGACAGCACAGCUGCCCCCCACCAGUGGCAUCUUGCAGACUGGAAGGGUGGCAGUGAUCCCUACCGAUCCCUCUCCAGCUCAAGCACAACCACGGGGACCACAGCCAUUGAGUGCGCCAAGACACGGGGCAGCUCCGAGUCCCUUGUGUCCCCUUCCGUCUCCAGGGCCACAACACCCUCCCAGCUCUCUGCCGAGGCAGACCUGAAGACCUCCUCUCCAGGCAGGCCCACAGGACUGAUGUCCCCAUCCAGUGGGUACUCCAGUCAGUCAGAGACCCCGACACCCACCGUCCCCACCUCUGCCAUACUCGGGCACUCCCCGCACCAGGUGCGGGUGAGGCCACUGGUCCCUGAAAGGAAGUCGUCACUGCCCCCCAUAUCCCCCAUGGAGAGGAGCCCCAAGGGCAGGCUGUCCUUUGACCUCCCCAUGACUCCACCUGCCCACCUCGACCUCUCAGGGCUGAAGAUCUCCCUAAAGGGGAAGACGAAGGUCAGCAGGCACCACUCCGACUCCACCUUUGGCACCAAGAUGGCCCAGAAGACCAGUCCCAUCAUGCCCAUCAUGCCAGUGGUGACACAGUCUGACCUCCAGUCUGUCCGCCUCCGCUCCAUCAGCCGCUCAGAGCCAGAGGACAAUGCCGACGGCCCGGAGCAUGUGGAGGAGCCAGCGCGUGGCCCCUGCCCGGGGCCAGAGAGGAAGGUGAAGCCGCCUGUGGCAGAGAAGCCGCCUCUGGCCAAGCGCCCUCCAUGCAUCCUGCCCAAACCCCCGGCUCUGCGGGAGGAGGGUCCCCUGUCCUCCAUGUCCCCACCAGGCACUGCUGCAAAGGAGAAGGUGCUGCCACAGGACGGCUUCGUGGUGCUGCGGAGAGGGGAGCUGAGGAGGGGUCUGGGAGAGCCCCCCUUGUCCCUGACCCCAGCAGGACCCCGGCGGCUCUCACAGGGCAGCCUGGAGGAGCUGCAGCCAGAGCGGAGCAGUGCCGCCAACAGGGAGAGGAGGAAGGCCAAGGUGCCACCACCGGUGCCCAAAAAGCCCAGCGUGCUGUACCUGCCGCUCAUGCCAGCCCCAGCACAGCUAGGAGCCAGCAUGGGGGACCCGCCACCCACCCCCAGCCCCAUCAUCACCCUGGACGCUGACCCCACCUGCUGCGACCCCGACACUGAGGAUCCGCCGUCCCCCAAGGCUGUGGGCACCGUGCAAGCCAGUGACCCUGCCUCGGAGCAAGGCAGCUCGGCAGAGGCCAGCACAGAGGAGAAGAGCUUUGCCAGCGACAAGACAGCCGAGUCCAUUGUGGAGGAGGAUGAUGAGGUGUUCACAACAUCCCGCACCACAGAGGAUCUCUUCACAGUGAUCCACAGGUCGAAGAGGAAGGUCUUGGGCAGGAAAGAACCUGGUGAUACCUUCAGCAGCCGACCCACCUCCCACUCACCUGUAAAGACUUCAGGCUCCCCGACCAGUGAGUCCCCAGCAGCAGCAGGCAGCAGCGGGAAGUCUUCCAGCAGGAACGAGGAUUUUAAAGCCCUGCUUCAGAAGAAGAGCAGCAAAACCAGCCCCGGUACCCGGCCAUCUGCCACUGAACUGCUCAAGACCACAAACCCACUGGCCCGGAGGGUCAUCACAGAGUUCGCCCCCGAGCUGGACAGUGCAAACAGCCCCAGAAGCCAGCCCUGACCACGCAGGGGCCCCUCCAGCCGGAGGGGUGGCGAUGGCUGUAGAGGGAGUGCUGUGAGGGGCUGUUCUGGCUGCCAGGGGCCCCCGUGUCCUGCCAGGCGUUCUGCUUCUGUUUCUUACUUGGAGAGCUGCUGGCAGAGAGGCAGCAGCUAGAGCCCAAGCCCCCAUGUCUCUGGGCCCUUCCCAGAAGGGAAGAGGCAUCACGGUGGCUGGGACUGGCCCCGGUUGAGCCAGCUCCUGGGAUUGAAGAUGCCCACCCAGGAAGCAGAGUGGGACCACAGCCCCUGGCGUCACCCCGUGCCUGCAGCAAAGCAGCUUGAGACUUUGGUCCCUUCGGCAUGUGGUACUUUAAACAGCUUUUCUAAUGCACAGUGGUGGUGAUGUUUGAUUCUCUUCCCUUUGACAUUGUACCUUGAGUUUCCCAUGCAGAGAUCCGCUGGUUGAGUUUGGCUGGACACACAGAUGCACUUUGGAAAGACGCCAGGGGUUCAGCUGGAUCUGCGGUUGCUUUUGAAGAGUCACAGGAGGUUCACCCUCAUCUCCCCAAGCACCCUCCCUGCCACACGGGGAACUGGCACCCGGCGUCUGCAGCCAGCGCCACCACCUCAAGCCAAAACCCCACCCCUCGAAAGCCCCCAAAAUGCUGCAUUUUGGAGCUCCUCAGCUCUCAGUCCAAAAGCAAACCCCCGGGUCACCCCCACUGCCAGCCCCACCAGCUGCACCAUACAGAGGUUCCAGCAGUUGCCCCACUCCCCACCAGCUCCCUGCACCGGGGGUCCUGCACCGGGCUGCUGACUGCAGGUGACAGGAAUGCAGGGGGCCUUGCACCACAGGAAGGAAAUGGGAAGGAAGUUCAUCCCCAGCUCUGCCACCUUAAACCUAAUGGACCCUGCAACAGCUUCUUCUGCUGCCCCAGCUACUGGAGAUCCUGGGAUGCUACUGAGGUGGUGGCUUGAAUCCAGGCAGUUGUCACCUGAGCCAACUCCCCAGUGACUCCUGGACUUCCCUUCAGGGUUGCCCACUGCUCACCACCUGCCCAGUGAUCCCUGGGUUCCCCCAGGAUUGCCCACCGCUCACCCUUGCCCGCCAGCUGCUGGGGAGCUAAGCGAGGCCGAGCAGGACACACACCACCAGGGCACGUGCACAGGAGGGUUUGCACGUCCCUGGAUGGGAUUUGUCCCACUCACCCCCAGCUGCUUCUUCUUGGUCUGACUCCAGCAUGGGAGCUUCAGCUGCCGGUGACAGAGGCCGUGGUGAGGGGCAGCAGGGCAGGGACAGCCACUGGGACCAGGGCAGGGUGGGGAGGAAAAGCCAGCUCCAAGCAUGAGCACGGCCACGCGCCCGGAGCAACAGGAAGGGCCAGGCUGCGGCUGACAAGGAAACGGGGUGUUUAGGGAAAUUUCCGCUUUAUUUCUGCACACUCCAGCCCUUCUGUGCCGGGGGAGCAGUGUGGUAGGUCUGGGUGGCAGUGAGGCAUCAUGGCAGCCCUUCAGCUGCUGUUCUGAGGGGCCAAGCUCUGGACCCCGGGGAGCACAACCUGGGCAAACACCUCCCUGUGCUCACCCUCACGCUGGAUCUGACCACACAAGGGCUCCAGUUAGUUCCCCUCCCCUCCCUCCCAGUACUUGCCCAUUACUUCCUUCCCUCUCCCAUGGCUGCAGAUUUAAGCCUGUAAUUAAGAUCCAGGCUGAGAAACUCAGGAAAAAAAAAAGAAAAAGCCCACAAAAAAAAGCUCUAAUGAAUGUCCACACUUUGCCCCCAUCCCGUGGCCCCGCCCGGUGGCACAGCUCUGACACGGGAUGGGGCCGGAGCAGGGAUUGGGAAGCUCUGGGGACGGGUACAUUUUGCACAUGACUGCUCAGGAAACCAGGGAUGGAGCCGGCAAAGGGGGGCAAGCAUGGGGCAGGGACCCCCCUGCAAUACCCCCAGCACUGCUGGCAGCCGGAGUGGCUGAUGCUGCUGCGGAGAAAUGUCUGGAUGGGCCAGGGUGAAUCUUGGCUGCUGGGCCAGGGGUCGACUGUGGAACAGAGACUGGCCAUGGAAUGGAGACAGGCUGUUGGAUGGAGAUCAGCCGUGGGAUGGAAAAUGGCCAUGGGAUGGAGAUCCUCAUUUUCGUGGCCAGAGGAAUGGGCUCUUCCUGGCUGAGUGCUCGUCCCUGGCCACUCUCUCCCUGCUCCCUCUGGCUGCGGCUGUCCCACUGGGAAGGCAGUGGGGUCCCGGGAAGAGCCCGGCCGACGGGACAGCCCUGCCCCGGGGCGGGGGCCGCCAAGGUGCCAACUACGGAAUGUUGUACUUUUUAUCUCGCCAGCUUGGUAAAGUGCUCCCUGCUGCCUG